UCCCGGCGGCGGCGCCCCCUGGCGGGCGGCGGGGGCCGGGGGAGCGGAGGGCGGUGCUUCCGGCCGGCGGCGCUUCCGGCGGCGAUGGCGGCGGGCGGCAGCGACCCGCGGGCGGCGGACGUGGAGGAGGACGCGUCGCAGCUCGUCUUCCCCAAAGAGUUUGAAACUGCGGAAACCCUUCUGAACUCGGAAGUACACAUGCUUCUGGAGCACCGUAAGCAGCAGAACGAGAGUGCAGAGGAUGAGCAGGAGCUCUCAGAAGUCUUCAUGAAAACCUUGAACUACACGGCGCGCUUCAGCCGCUUCAAAAACCGCGAAACCAUCGCCAGCGUGCGUAGUUUGCUGCUCCAGAAAAAGCUCCAUAAAUUUGAACUGGCAUGUUUGGCCAACUUAUGUCCCGAGACAGCUGAAGAAGCUAAGGCUUUAGUUCCGAGCCUGGAGGGCCGGUUUGAAGAUGAGGAGUUACAGCAGAUCCUCGACGACAUUCAGACCAAACGCAGCUUCCAGUACUAAGGUUCGCCCUCCAUCCCUUCGCGUGAGCAGCAAAACCGGGGAACUCUGUCUGUGUCUCAGCCCUCUGGACCAGCCCCGCUCCCGGCUGUACAGAGGGCUCCCGGUGCGGCGUCACCCCCGUGCGUCCACGCUGGAGCUCAGCGCAGCCCUUUCAGUUUGUUCCACGUCUGUGUUGGCAAGGCCGCCUCCUUCGUGGGAGACAAAGAACCCAAAAGCCUUUUCCCCGUGGCUCAAGCAUUUGUUUCUUCCAAAUCGCUCGCCCCCAUGUGGGAAUUUUCAACAUGUUUCUGUUCUUUAGCGGAAAUGUAUAUGUGAAUUUUUUUUUUGCAAACUUGUAAAAGAGAUGGAGAAACUCAUCUUGACUCUUGGAGUGUUUAGUGGUGGGCGGCAUCAAUUUUUGUGGUGGUUUUUUGUUUGUUUUUGUUUGAUUGGGACAGUGGAUUUUUACAGCUUCAAUAAUUUUCUAUUGUUGUUUAGUAUAAAUUAAAAUAUAUUUCUAAUUAA